CACUGCUCUUCUCAUACAAACACCUCGUUACUUGUAAAUGGCGAUUUCGAUUAUCGUAUCAAGGCUAUUGUUUUCGGCAGUUACGGCGGCAUGUCUCGCAAGUAGCAUUUGCAGUGCUCGAGAUAAGGUGCUGCUCAUGCCACCAGAAAAAAUAGAAGAAAAGUUCACAUUUUACCCGAUACUCCCAUUCGAUACGGCUCAGGCCACACUAAAAAGGUACACGAGAUUCAUUAACAAUGUGCGAGAGGAAAUUGUAAGCGGAGACACGGUCCAUGGCAUACCCAGACUCUACAAUCCCGUCAAAUUGGAAGAAUCUGAUCGGUAUCUUCAGGUGGCGCUCUUUAAUUCUGAUGAGCAGCGCAUCAGUCUGGCAAUAGAUAAAUCUGAUGUUUAUAUUGUCGGUUACCGAACUGAAUAUGAGGCUUGCUUCUUUUCGGAUACUGAUGGCGCAGACACAUCGAGCCUGUUUCCAGGCAUUACGCGUCACCAGCUUCCAUUCAAAAAUGGAUACUCGGGUAUGGAGGAAAUAGCAGGGUCCAGGAGGGAUAUUAGUUUGGGGAUGUCUGAAUUGGAUGAAUGCAUCAAGCAUUUGCACGAUCUUACGGAUAACUCCUCUUUGGCUCGGUGCAUGCUAAUUACCAUUCAAAUGGUUGCAGAGGCUGUCCGCUACAGGAGCCAACAAGGAGGCUCUUGGAGAUGCUCUUACCUACCAACUCCCACCAUGAUCACCUUGGAAGAAAACUGGAAAGAACUGUCCACCAAAAUUCAAGAAUCAGUUGGCGGUGUAAUUUACCCUCCAUUGGUGUUAUCGGAUGCGUCAAACCAGGACGUGACCAUAACCUCAAUCAGUCCAACUUUAGGCCGAAAUAUUGCCGUCAUUCUUUUCGUAUGCGAUUCUUGUACCAACAUCGCAGAACCUACUGUGCAUAUUAUUGGCCGCAACGGUCUAUGCGCUGAUGUGCCAUUUGGGUUUUACUACGAUGGAUUACCGGUUAUCAUGAGGCCAUGUAAGUCUACCGAUAAUGCCAAUUAACUAUGGACUCUGAAAAAAGACGCCACAAUUCGAUCCCAAGGAAAGUGCUUGACAGUAUCCGGUCUUGGAAAUUAUGCGACGAUUCAUGAUUGCAUCAUCAAGUCCGAGUAUUACGGUAACAAGUGGGAGAUAGAGGACAACGGGAAUAUCGUAAAUAAAGAGUCUAAUUUAGCUUUGAAUGCAGGCUCAGGGUAUAGUUGGAGUUAUUUGAAUGUUGAACAAAAAUCAUACUCAUCAAGCCAAGGUUGGAGUUUAAGUAACAGCACAAAACCAAUAGUGACCCCUAUUAUAGGCUACAAGAGUAUGUGUUUGCAAGCAUCACACUAUAAUGGUGUUCAUUUGAGCCGCUGCAGAGACCAAAGUGUUCAACAAUGGGCCAUUUAUCCUGAUGGUACAGUGAGGCCAAGUAUGUCGACUGCAAACUGCCUCGUAUCAAAAUACUUUCCGAAUGGUAAAAUUGCGGUUCAAGAUGUGUGCGAUGGAGGGAAUGGUGAACGAUGGUUAUUCAAUCAUGAUCGCAGUGUUUCUGAUGUGUCCAAUAAAUAUGUUCUGGAAGUAAGAAAAGAUCAGAGAAUAGCAGUUGUGGAACGCUCUGCAGAUACACCUACCACUAGACAGAUCUUCGACAUAAAGUUUGUGUGAGCUGAUCGAAUUACAAGUUCUCAUUGAGAAUCGAAACACCACCUACGGAUGCAUAUGAUGAAUAAGUGAUAGUAAAUCUCACGUAAUAUUGUAAGAGUACUAUAUUAUCGUCUUGUAUAAAGCUGUUUAUCAUUAUCGUCGUUUUCG